GGAUGCAGAUGGUGAAUUCAGGCUAGUUGCUAGUUGUCCUGAACAGGAAGUAGCGCAUGUAAUCUGCUCUAUCAUGCCAUGUGGUACUCGUAUUCCGAUUCACCUUGGAACCAAAGAAGCCACUGCUGAGGAGAGAGAAUCAUUUCUUUCAAGGUUCAAAAGGCAUAACUUCAGUACUCUCCUUACUAACAAACAUAUUAUAAAAAAUUCUGUUUAUGCUGCAUUGUCCUCAAACAUUCUGAAAAAGAUUAGUGUUCUGUCUGAAGAAACUUCUGCUGAUGUUGAGCCUGCACAACAAACAUCAUAUGAGAAUGAAUAUGACAGUAGUGAAUUAUUGAAUUUUGACUUGAAAAUACCAGAAAGUGAUAAAAGUACCACAAAUAAUUCUGAAAAUCUGAAGAUAUCACAAAGAUAUGUUAGAUCUGCUGAUGAAGCAGUACUCAAGUCUGUGGAACUGAAAGGUUUUGAAUCAUAUGAAAGCGGAAGGGAUAGUACAAUGACUACAGUGAAAUCACCAUUUGUAACUGGGUUAGUUGGAGAAGACAUCAUUAAUAAACAACGUCCAAUUAGGGAAGAAGGCCGUGUUGUAGGGGGUCAGGCAAGUGAACCUGCAGCAUGGCCAUGGGUUGUGGCUCUGUACAGGGAUGGAGAGUUUCACUGUGGUGGAGUUUUGCUUGAUGAAGUAUGGGUUAUGACAGCUGCUCAUUGUGUUGAUGGGUAAGA